UGUUCAAUGUAUUUAUUAUUGCUCGGAUUUUCAAUUUUUAUGCAAGAAUAUUAAUAAAAACACAAAAAUCACCUAAAUGUUGACUUAAACGAGUCAUUGUGAAAUAUGUUAGUGCAAAUUACAAAAUAAGAUUAAGAAUAAAUAAUAAAAUUCGUAACAUAACCUACAAUGGCUACAAAGAUGCUAAGAAAUAUUUUGCGAACUAAGCCGCCAAACAUAUUGUUUAGGCGUUGGGAGGGUACAGAAAAGAAGGUCGUUGUAUAUGAUCCAUUUGUAAAUAAGCCACAGAAGAAUAAGGAGACGUAUUUGGAAGUAAUAAAGAUGUUCGAAGGCCGGGACACUAGGCGGCGGGGGCACGUCGAGUUCAUUUACGCAGCGUUAGGAAGAAUGAAGGAGUUUGGUGUGCAGAAAGAUUUGGAAGUGUAUAAGGCGCUGGUGGAAGUGCUGCCGAAGGGAAAGUUUAUAGCUGAGAAUAUAUUUCAAGCGGAGUUCAUGCAUUAUCCGAAACAGCAGCAGUGUGCUGUUGAUUUACUUGAACAAAUGGAAGAUAAUGGUGUCAUGCCCGACUCGGAACUGGAACAAAUACUCCUAAACACCUUCGGUCGGAGAGGCAUACCACUCCGGAAGUUCUGGCGUAUGCUGUACUGGAUGCCCAAGUUUAAGAACCUAAGUCCAUGGUACUUGCCGGAUGAGCUGCCGGUGGAUGUGAUGGAGCUGGCAAAACUUGCUAUACAGAGGAUAACUUCAGUUGAUCCUGAUACUAGAGUUGAAGUUUGGCAGGCAGAAGAAAUAGAAGCAUCACUAGACAAAACCUGGAUAGUCAGUGCCCAGAGUGACGCACAGAAGAUCCUACUGGCAGAACAGCCGGUAGAUGAACCAUUAGUUGUGAGAGGGCCGUACAAAGUUUGCAUUCGGGACCAGUUCGUCACAUACUUCCUGUUGCUGGGGAAGAUUAGACCAGAGAUAAAGGAUAACAGUGAUCCUGAUGAUGUUUCAAAUCUCAAAAAGCCUUCAGGCAUACCUGGCUUCAUUGGACAAACGACAUUACCGUCAACCAGAUGUAUAGUGCACGAACAAGAUGAUGGGACGAUACUGUCUGUGUGUGCCACAGGGACAUCAUCAAGGGACUCCCUACUCUCCUGGAUAAGAUUAUUAGAAAAGAACGGCAAUCCUUUACUAUCUAGCAUACCAGUCAUGUUCACACUCACAGCGCCACCCAACGACCUUACGGUACCUGAGACGCAACCAGCGACUGGUAAUGAAAAGGAAAAGGUAGCUGGCACAAGCUAGUCAAUAUAUUAUUGUUAGUAAUAAAACUAGUUGAAUUA